AUGAGAGCAGCUGCCCUUAAGAACCACACCCCCUCCAACAGCGCUCGUAACACUCUCGACCACAUAAGAGGACGUGCGAAGCCUGCAUAGUCGAAACCACAACAUCUCAAUGCUCCCUUGACCGAACUCGUUAACAAGAGGGCAACACUCCGCCAGCCAGCACAAGGCCCGUUGCGGUCCCUUGUAAUAAACAGCUCAGAGAUCGGCCGUAAAGAUGCGGCUGGACGUCAAGAGACAACUCUUCGCUCGCAGUGAGCGAGUCAAAGGCAUUGACUUCCACCCUACCGAGCCAUGGAUCCUCACAACACUAUACAGCGGCCACGUAUACAUAUGGUCGUACGAGACGCAAGCGAUUGUCAAGACCUUCGAGUUGACCGACGUGCCUGUUCGCGCUGGUCGCUUCGUGGCACGGAAGAACUGGAUAGUGUGCGGCAGCGAUGACUUCCAGGUACGGGUGUACAACUACAACACGUCGGAGAAGAUCACAUCUUUCGAAGCACAUCCGGACUACAUCCGAGCAAUCGUCGUCCACCCCACCGAGCCGUUUGUGCUAACAGCUAGCGAUGACAUGACUAUCAAGCUAUGGGACUGGGACAAGGGGUGGAAGUGCAUACGGGUGUUUGAGGGCCACAGUCAUUACGUUAUGGGCCUGGCGAUCAACCCCAAGGACACCAACACGUUUGCGUCUGCUUGUCUUGAUCGGACGGUCAAGAUUUGGAGUCUCGGAUCCAAUACACCCAACUUCACGCUGGAAGCACACGAAGUCAAGGGUGUCAACCAUGUCGAUUACUACCCGCAGAGUGACAAGCCUUACCUCUUAACAACAUCCGAUGAUCGGACGGUCAAGAUCUGGGAUUAUACAACCAAGGCAUUGAUCGCCACGCUUGAAGGUCAUUCGUCAAACGUAUCUUUUGCUUGCUACCAUCCCGAACUACCCAUCAUCAUAUCCGGAUCGGAAGAUGGCACGAUCAAGAUCUGGCAUGCCAACACCUACCGUUUGGAGCAGUCUCUCUCGUAUGGCUUGGAGCGCGCAUGGUGUGUCUCCUAUCAGCGCGGCAAGCAAGGUAUUGCAAUGGGUUUCGACGAUGGUGCAGUCGUUGUAAAAAUGGGUCGUGAGGAGCCAGCAGUAUCCAUGGACGGCUCCGGCAAGAUCAUUUGGGCUCGACACUCAGAGAUCUUGACUUCCGUCAUCAAGGGCGCAGACAAGAGCGUGAAGGAUGGCCAGCCGAUCUCGCUACCAUCAAAGGAUCUCGGCAGCACAGAGAUUUACCCUCAGACACUACUUCACAGCCCGAACGGCAGGUUCGUUGCGGUAUGCGGAGACGGCGAGUACAUCGUCUAUACCGCUCUCGCGCUCCGGAACCAGGCUUUCGGCUCCGCACUCGACUUCGCAUGGGCCAGCAAAGAAAAUGACAAGGACUGCGCCAUCCGGGAGUCGCAGUACUCGGUCAAGAUCUUCCGAAACUUCAAGCCGAAGUCUGGCGACGGCAGUGUCAAUGUUGGCUUUGCCGCUGAUGGACUGUCUGGUGGCGUGUUACUGGGUGUCAAGGGACAGGGCGGCAUUGGCUUCUUCGACUGGGAAUCUGGCAAGCUUGUUCGGAGAAUAGAAGUCGAGCCGCGGAAUGUGUAUUGGUCCGAGUCGGGCGAGCUGGUUUGCCUGGCUUGCGAGGAUACGUACUAUGUGCUGCGGUACUCGAGAGAGCAGUACAUGGCAGCUAUACAAAGCGGCAACGUCGAAGAUGAUGGUGUGGAAGAGGCAUUCGAAGUUGUGUGCGACAUCAAUGAGAGCGUUCGCACCGGCCAAUGGAUUGGCGACUGCUUCGUCUACACGAACAGCACCAAUCGCCUCAACUACCUCGUGGGCGACCAAACCUACACGAUCUCGCACUUCGACCAACCCUAUUACGUCCUCGGUUAUCUGACCAGAGACGGCCGUGUUUACGUGUGCGACAAGGACGUCCAGGUGACAUCCUUCGCCCUCUCAGUAUCCGUGAUAGAGUACCAGACCCUGGUCCUGAGAGGUGACCUGGACUCGGCGAAUGACAUGCUACCCGACAUACCCGAAGACCAGAAGAAUAAGAUCGCUCGCUUCCUGGAAGGCCAAGGUUACAAGGAGCAAGCGCUUGAGGUCGCGACGGACGAUGAACACAAGUUCGAACUCGCACUCGGGCUAAACCAGUUACAAAUUGCGCUAGAUUUAGCGCGGAAGGCGGACGUCGACCAUAAAUGGAAGACGGUCGGUGAUGCGGCGCUCGGUGCUUGGAACGUUGCGCUCGCUGAGGAGUGCUUCAGAAACGCCAAGGACCUCGGCAGCUUACUCCUGCUCUAUUCGUCAAGCGCGGACGUGGCAGGCUUGCGAAGCUUGGCCGAAAAAGCGAGGGAGGCAGGGCAGCACAAUGUUGCCUUUACCUGCUUAUGGCAGGUUGGUGAUGUUGAUGGUUGCCUCGACGUUUUGUUGGCUACUAGCCGGACAGCGGAGGCCGUGCUUUUCGCGCAGACGUACAAGCCUAGCCGGUCUAAGGGUAUUGUUGGUCAAUGGAAGCAAGGUCUGGAGAAGGAUGGGAAGGGUAAAGUGAGCAGGAUGCUAGGCGUGCCGGAAGAUGAUGAGGAUAUGUUCCCCGAGUGGGACGAGUACCUGAAGUUGGAGAAAGAGGGUGGGGCCGCAAACGAUUUGGUUAACGUUGAUGAAUCGACUGCGACAAAUGGCACGGUGAACGGCGACGCAAUGGCGGAUAAUGUGCCCGAGACGAAAUCAAAGGCUGCCCCUGUGGAGGCAGACACGGAUGAACAUGAUGAAGCUGCUGCAGACGGACCGGAGACAGAAGCCUGAUCAAGGCUUACAAUUGUAGCACGGAGUUCGGCGUCUGGAGCAUCACAGUC